AUGGCUUCCUCCGAGGUUGAUCUCAAGUUUCUGACAAGAUUCGCCAAUAACAUCAAGGACGAGCAUCCGCUUCUUGCACAAACUCUGUUUCAGAUCGAGGGUAAUUUGGUCAUGCUGUCUCCAUAUGUCAUCAAGGCGCGGAAGAUGCGUCGACUUGACGCGACGCGGGAUACGAAGUCGGUCGAUCUUUAUUGCCGGAUCAUCUGGUACGCCCGAGAGGGUCUUGUCCUCUUGGAGCAGUGGGUUCUUCCAAUGGUGGGCAAGUUUACGGAACUCAAGGUUCUCUGCUACAAGCUACGUGCCAGCUAUUAUCAUCUUUACGUCCUCUUCCACAACAAACCCCCAGUCGCUCUCAAAGCCACCACGCAAGUCCACACCCCACCCGGCCUCACGUCGCCUCGUGCAACCAAAGACCCAAAGGGCAAAGGUGUCGACCGCGGUUCUCCUGAUCCCUCCCGACCAACCUCUGUCCAACCUACACACCCGCUCGAAGGAGGUCCAGUUGGCGGACGCACAAUCACUCCACCACCGACUGAAUACGCAGCCGACUUCCUCGUUCCAGCCCAAGACUACCGCCCCCUCACACUUCAAUACUUCCAGGAAGCCUCCUCCCUCGCCGAUAAGCACUGCUGGGGCAGUCACCCACUCCGUCUCUCCGUCCGAGUCGAGUUCACCGCCUUCCUCUAUGACUGUCUGCACGAGAAGGAGCGUUCACGUCAACUGGCCAAGGCCACGAUUGCCGAGGUCUACAAUGCGCAGGAGGGCAUGGACGAUGAUAUGUUUGAGGACGCGGCGGAGCUGGUUGGUAUCUUGGGACGGAUGAUGAAGCGGGGUCUAGGAUCG